AUGUUUAGGGUUAUUGACAUUUUUCUGCUAUUACGUAGGGGACUCUUAUUUUGAAGAUUUCUGAAAUUCCGUGACCCGGAAGUUGCCGACGAGAUUUUGAUCAAUAUACCCAACAGUUUUAUGAAGUAGAUAUUGUUAGCCAUGUCUCAAGACGGAUUUCAACCUACACUUAUAAGGACCACGCACACUAACAACACGAGCUCGAGUAUUCAACAACCACAGGCACCGUGCCCUGGUAAAACACCCAUACAAGUUCUACAUGAAUAUGGAACAAAAAUGGGUAACCUUCCCGUGUACGUGAUGGAAAAGGCCGAAGGGGAGGCGCACCAACCCAGCUUCAUCUUCAACGUUACAAUAGGAGAUAUGUCCUGCACAGGUCAAGGAGCCAGUAAAAAAGCCGCCAAACACAAAGCCGCUGAGUCUGCCCUGAACCUUCUGGAAAUAGACCCCGGAACACCCCUUCACAUAAAGAAGGAGAGUAAUGGCAACCCAGCAAAGCCUAACGACCAACCCAACUCAGUGGGGAAACUGCAGGAGCUGGCCCUGCAGUGGGGGUGGCGCCUCCCAGAAUACACCGUUUUCACAGAGGCAGGCCCACCUCACAAGAGAGAGUUCACUGUUACCUGCAGAAUGGAGUCGCUCACAGAGACUGCGACGGGAAAUUCCAAGAAGGUGGCAAAAAAGGCAGGUGCUGAGAAGAUGUUAGCAAAACUUCUAAAUGUGUCUGGUUGUCCUGAAAUCACAUGGAUCCCAAAGCCCGGUGUCCGAUUGGAGAACUUGCGUAACUCCUCAGCAGAGAAGAUGUCUCUCCUAAGAAGGAACCCACUCAGUAUUCCCAACACAGACUACAUCCAGAUGAUGCUGGAGCUGUCCCAAGAGCAGGGCUUUGAAGUCACAUACUUUGACAUUGUGUGUCUGUCUUUUGCUUGGCAGAUGAGCUGACAGUGAACGGGCAGUACCAGUGCUUGGCAGAGCUGUCCACCUCACCCGUCACCGUAUGCCACGGCACAGGCAUCUCCUGCGGCAACGCACAUAAUGACGCCGCACACAACGCUCUCCAGUACAUCAAGAUCAUGGCUUCCAUCAAAUGAGCGAUCGUAGUAAACGGCACAGAUGUUUUUUUUAAAGGAAAAACAUAUUUAAUCUCAACUGAAAGGUGUCGCUAUCCUCCAUCUAUCACUGUUUUCACACCUUACCCCAGUCUUCACUUGGUGUGGAAUUGGUGAAUAUUGAUGGCAGUAUCAAUAGAAAUCAUGCCAUUCAGACAAAUCUACCUAGUUUGUGUUUUUUUUUACAGUGACGGGAAACACAGUUCAUCACCUGUGGUGUCUGUCAGCCAUUUUUAAAUUAGUUUAAGAAAAAGAUCAGCGGUACACAGUGAAAGCUAAUCCUGUGGAGUUGAUGUACUGUGGAAGGACAAGGGAAUAGAAUGGACACAAGUCUUGAAAGGCCUUGCUUCCAUAAUGUUGACAACAGUCUCCACCCUAUCCCAUUGUUGACAUGUUGACAACAGUCUCCACCCUAUCCCAUUGUUGACAUGUUGACAACAGUCUCCACCCUAUCCCAUUGUUGACAUGUUGAGAACAGUCUCUACCCUAUCCCAUUGUUGACAUGUUGACAAGUCUCCACCCUAUCCCAUUGUUGACAUGUUGACAACAGUCUCCACCCUAUCCCAUUGUUGACAUGUUGAGAACAGUCCCCAUCCUAUCCCAUUGUUGACAUGUUGACAAGUCUCCACCCUAUCCCAUUGUUGACAUGUUGAGAACAGUCAUCCUAUCCCAUUGUUGACAUGUUGAGAACAGUCUCCAUCCUAUCCCAUUGUUGACAUGUUGACAACAGUCUCCACCCUAUCCCAUUGUUGACAUGUUGAGAACAGUCAUCCUAUCCCAUUGUUGACAUGUUGAGAACAGUCUCCAUCCUAUCCCAUUGUUGACAUGUUGACAACAGUCUCCAUCCUAUCCCAUUGUUGACAUGUUGACAACAGUCUCCACCCUAUCCCAUUGUUGACAUGUUGAGAACAGUCUCCAUCCUAUCCCAUUGUUGACAUGUUGACAACAGUCUCCACCCUAUCCCAUUGUUGACAUGUUGAGAACAGUCUCUAUCCCAUUGUUGACAUGUUGACAGUCUCCAUCCUAUCCCAUUGUUGACAUGUUGACAACAGUCUCCACCCUAUCCCAUUGUUGACAUGUUGACAGUCUCCACCCUAUCCCAUUGUUGACAUGUUGAUAAGUCUCAUUCCUAUCCCAUUAUUGACAUGUUGAGAACAGUCUCCAUCCUAUCCCAUUGUUGACAGCUUGAGAACAGUCUCCACCCUAUCCCAUUGUUCGAGAACAGUCUCCAUCCUAUCCCAUUGCUGAGAACAGUCUCCAUCCUAUCCCAUUGUUGAGAACAGUCUCCAUCCUAUCCCAUUGUUGACAUGUUGAGAACAGUCUCCACCCUGUCCCAUUGUUGAAAUGUUGAGAACAGUCUCCACCCUAUCCCAUUGUUGACAUGUUGAGAACAGUCUCCACCCUAUCCCAUUGUUGACAUGUUGAGAACAGUCUCCAUCCUAUCCCAUUGUUGACAUGUUGAGAACAGUCUCCACCAUAUCCCAUUGUUGAGAACAGUCUCCAUCCUAUCCCAUUGUUGAGAACAGUCUCCACCCUGUCCCAUUGUUGACAUGUUGAGAACAGUCUCCACCCUAUCCCAUUGUUGAAAUGUUGAGAACAGUCUCCACCCUAUCCCAUUGUUGACAUGUUGAGAACAGUCUCCACCAUAUCCCAUUGUUGACAUGUUGAGAACAGUCUCCACCCUAUCCCAUUGUUGACAUGUUGAGAACAGUCUCCAUCCUAUCCCAUUGUUGACAUGUUGAGAACGGUCUCCAUCCUAUCCCAUUGUCAUUGUUUUUCUAUACACGCAAUAGUGUAUUGAAUGAUAAAUGUAAAACUAUUUGCACUGAACAAAAUGACAAAAAAGGAAUUUAUCAAUGAAUUUGAUGAAACACUAACGUAAGUCUGACCCUCAUUUUUCACAUAGGGAUAUUUUCUAAACGAAGCAGAUACAUUUAAGUAGGAACAAACUAAAUAUUCAUUACACAUUGGUAUUUUGUUUGAUUUAAUUGGUUAUUAUUCAUCUUUGCCAAGUCCAAUAUUCAAUUACAUUACUGUGAAACACUUUUCCAUAGUGUAUAUUAAUGACAUAGUCUAUCAUAACUUUUAGUUUGAUUUUAAAGUUUGAGCUUUGGUUAACACCAUUAUUAGUUUAUUUUUUAUUGUAUUUGAUUCCGUCAAACAGGACUCUUGUUUUGUGUAACUACCACAUGUCUUAACAGAGAACAAGACCAACAGCAGGUUUUAGUUUAGUGUCAAAACAAAAACAACUGCUCAAUUGGGUUCCGGAGUGGCGCAGCGGUCGAAGGCACUCCAUCUCAGUGCUAGAGGCGUCACUACAGACCCUGGUUCGAUUCCAGGCUGUAUCACAACCGGCCGUGAUUGGGAGUCCCAUAGAGCGGCGCGCUAUUGGCACAGCGUCGCCCGGGUUAGAGUUUGGCCGAGGUAGGCCAUCAUUGUAAAUAAGAAUGUGUUCUUAACUGACUUGCCUAGUUAGAUAAAAAUACAAAUGAAUUAGAAAAUGUAACAUUUGGCUUGUUUAGGUUGAAUUGUGCUUACAUCAUAUGAGAUUAUAUAAAUCUACAUGUCUAGACUAUGAAAAUAUGUAUUUAUUUUUGUAAAAUGUAUAUUUAAUUUAAUGGUAGCAAGAUUGCAUACUCGGAAACAUCGGGACAACUCCUGUCUUAGACUUCAAGGCCGCCAUUUUGUUGUCUUCGCUCUACAAAGAGACAAUAAUUGGAAUCUUUGUAGCUUUGAUGUUGAUGUCUAAGAUUGUUGUGAUUGGUGAUGUCAUCUUUCUCAGUCUACCUGUAAUGCAGCCUAGUUAUGUCAGGUGUGUAUGAAGUCAUUUUGCUGUGUGUGUGUGUGUUUUGAAGGCUUUGAGUUUGUGUUUGUGCUGGUUGAAAUGCUAUGCUAAUGACGGGAUGAUAUUUACUACCGGAUUCCACCUUGUCCUGAGUUUGUCAUAAAGCCUUGAUUGGGUGGUUUAAUCACAUUUUGGUUUCCUUUAACAAGGUGUGUAUUGUAUGUAAUGUUUUUUGGUAGACUCAUCCCAAACGUGUGCUGUGUACCUGACCACAUUAAUACACAACUAUUACAUGUGAAGUGGGACAGACGUGUUAAAUAAAUCUUAUUUGACAUUGAUCUCA